CAGAAAGGAGACAAUGGAGCCAGGCCGCACUCAGCUAAAACUUGACCCCAGGUACACAGCAGAUCUGCUGGAGGUGCUGAGAACCAAUUACAGCAUCCCAUCCGACUGCUUCUCCCACCCACCCACUGCAACCCAGCUCCUGAGAGUAUUGGGACCUGUGGAAAUCACCCUCACAGUCAUCUUGACCUUUCUCGUGCUGGGCUCGAUUGCCAUCUUCUUGGAGGAUGCAGUCUAUCUAUACAAGAACACCCUUUGCCCCAUCAAGAGGAGGACUCUGCUGUGGAGUAGCUCUGCCCCCACGGUGGUGGCUGUGUUCUGCUGUUUUGGUCUCUGGAUCCCUCGAUCUCUCAUGCUCGUGGAAAUGGCCAUAACCUCGUUUUAUGCAGUUUGCUUUUACCUGCUCAUGACAGUCAUGGUGGAAGGCUUUGGGGGCAAGGAGGCACUGGUGAGGACACUGAAGGACACCCCCGUGAGAAUCCACACUGGCCCCUGCUGCUGCUGCUGCCCCUGCUGUCCCCACCUCAUGCUCACCAGAAAGAAACUUCAGCUGCUCAUGUUGGGUCCAUUCCAAUAUGCCUUCUUCAAGAUAAUGCUGGGCCUUGUGGGCCUGUUUCUCAUCCCUGAUGGCAUCUACGACCCAGCAGACAUUUCUGAGAAGAGCACAGCUCUGUGGAUCAACACUAUCCUUGGCGUGUCCACCUUGCUGGCUCUCUGGGCUCUGGCCAUUGUUUUCCGUCAGGCCAAGCUGCACCUGGGUGAGCAGAACAUAGGAGCCAAAUUUGCACUGUUCCAGGUGCUUGUCAUCUUGACUGCUCUGCAGCCUUCCAUUUUCUCCAUCCUGGCCAAUGGUGGGCAGAUUGCUUGUUCACCUCCCUUUUCCUCUAAAACCAGAUCUCAAGUGAUGAAUUGCCACAUCCUCAUAUUGGAGACUUUCCUGCUGACCGUGUUGACACGAAUUUACUACCGAAGGAAAGACUACAAAGCUGGAUAUGAACCUUUCUCAUCUCCAGACCUAGGACUGAACCUCAAAGCCUGAGGUGAAUGGCUUGG